CAACACUAAUCUACCACUGUGCAGGGCAAUCGCACUGCCACAUACCUCCCUCCUUAGGAUGAACCCUAAAGGUUCAUCCGACAACACCAUUCACUUAUUUAAUUUUUUUUUUUUUUUUUAACACACUACAUAUGGGUGGGUGGGAGGGAACAUUCGAGCCCAGCCUGCCUCAACCAACCACCAGACGGCUAACUGGCUCCAAUGUUACCACCACAUUAUCAAUUAUACAAUACCUAACUUAAUCUACUAACACACCAACAAUUAUUAACCCCCAGGGCUUCUAUAAGGGGGCGCCCAUUCAACCCCGCUUACCCCCUAAACCCAGUGUCCCUUCACGGGGCUCCUCUCCGGAGGAUUGACCCGCCUCCUUCUGAGAGAUGAUCCCCCACAAGCGACAGGUCCUCCAUCGCUGACGCUCUGCAGGCAGUCUCUCCUCCUCCCUCGCCAGCUUCCAGGACCGGAACUCCUCCUUCCGCAGCUCUCGGGGAAAAGGUCAAAGGUGUCAUCGGUCAAACUUUUCACAUAAACUAUAGUAAUAAUACUACUACUUGACAUUACCAUCAACUCUGAUCUGAUUAAGAAUGAUUGUUAUUGUUGUCAGGAUUUUUGAACAGCGCUGGAUACUGACUGAAGUAAACUGAAGCUUCAUUAAACACUGAGCUUGAUUACAGGGAGCAGUUUUCAGAUAGGAAGCAUGGGCAGAGUGCGGGUGGCUGUGGUCGGUGCUGGGGUGGUCGGUCUGUCCACAGCAUUAUGUAUUGCAGAGUGCAUUCCCCACUGCUCUGUCACGGUGUUAGCUGACAAGUUCAGUCCUGAUACUGGGAGCGAUGGAGCUGCGGGAUUCGUGUACGUGAACAAAUUUCCAGACACACCAGUGGACCGGCAAAAGCGCUGGCUAAAGGACACAUUUGAUCAUCUUUUUUCCAUUUCAAACUCUUCAGAAGCUCCAGAUGCUGGGGUCUAUUUAAUUUCUGGGUGGCAGGUAUUCCGAGACCCUCCCAGUGAAAAGAGACCUUACUGGUCGGACGUUGUCCUUGGAUUUCGUUUCAUGUCCGAUGCUGAACUGGAAAAGUUCCCAAAGCACAAGUUUGGCCAGGCCUUCACGUCCUUGAAGUGUGAAUGCCCCCUCUAUCUGCCUUGGCUUGAGAAAAGGUUCAAGAAUGCAAACGGACAGGUACAGCGUGGGAGAGUGACAGACUUCGGCCAGCUGUGCGGCAACUAUGACAUCAUCGUCAAUUGCACCGGUCUAGGAUCUCUGAGUCUGGCAGGUGAUACGGACCUCCACCCUGUGAGGGGUCAGAUCCUAAAGGUGCAAGCGCCCUGGCUGAAGCACUUCAUCAGGGAUGGGGACGGUCUCACCUACAUCUUCCCUGGGAUCAGUAGUGUCACCCUUGGCGGGACGAGACAGAAAGACGACUGUCGCUUAACAGCAGACCCCAAAGAUCGUUCUGAUAUGUUUGAAAGGUGCUGUGCUCUGGAGCCUUCCCUCAAGAAAUCCCAGGUGCUGACGGAAUGGGUUGGCCUCCGACCCACUAGAGGGGGCCUGAGGCUGGAGAAGGAAAUGUUUCAGCAUGGCAGCCGCCAAGUGCCUAUCAUCCACAAUUAUGGGCACGGAGGAGGGGGCAUUAGCUUGCACUGGGGCACUGCACUGGAAGCCACACAGCUAGUGAAAGAGUGCAUUGGUAACAGGUAUCUAGCGUCUAACCUGUAGGCAAGUAAGCCAUGUUUUUAGACAGGCUGUUGCUUGGUACAGCUGCAGUAGAGUGACCAACUUUUAAAACCUAUCCACUUACUUCCUCCUGUCAAUCAAUGUGUUGAUAAAAAAUAUAUAUAUUUGUAUGCAGAAAAUUAAUUAAACUUUGUUUUAGAUACAGUAUUUCUUAUUUUAGUUGUGAAUUAAGAAUUUUAAAUACUGUCUGUUGCUGUUUUAAUAUAACUAUCGUAUAAAGAAGUUGAAUUAUCUGAAAAAAUACUGUACAAAGGGUGAAUGUAGUGCAUUUUAACCUGAUGUAAAUCUAAUGGAGGGUACAUUUAUAUCAAGCUGAUUGACUAAUUUUAAUUAAAAAAAAAAAAAAAAAAAAAAAAAAGGUUGGAAAACAGGUACUAAAUUUGAAUUCUAAUUUUCAUCCAGCAACAAUUUCCAGUUGGAAGCAGGCUGGGAGAAUUAUCACCUUGGAUUAUGAUUAGGGCUUCUGAUUUUCGGUUUCGGAAAGACUGUGGAAAUGGUUAAUCAAUUCAUGUUGACUUUACCC